AUGCAUGCAUCUCGCGGUCCCUUGAAAAGCAGCGGCGUUUCGCGGCGGCGGAAAAGCGCGGCGCUCGGCCCGAGUGCCGCUAGUCAUCCGCUAGUUGCUGCCCGAGCAGGACGAGAAGCUGCGCGUGGCGCCGUGACAUGUCGGAGGUGCACGGUUGUCGGGGAGUCGCCGCGGCGCCGCAGCCUGGGGAACUUUGACCGAGCUUCUGUGACCCCGAGUUGUGUCGUCAAUCGGCAUGAACUUGUUUCGCCGCAGAAAGGCGAUGAGCUUCCCGUCGCGAACGGCGUCCUCAUGGCCUCAAACACUGAGGACAGCAAUCUUCUUGCCCCUACAUACCAGCGCAGCGGUAGCGAGGAGAAAUCAACACCGACAACGCCAGUCGGGUCGAAGCGGACGUCGACGAACACGUCCCCGUGUCCGACGAGUUCCACGACAUCCAACGUUUCGGACAGAAAUAAUUCCCCGGCGGCGUCACGGGCCGCCCCGCCGCCCACCACUGCCGCCGCGUCCCUGGUUCGAUGUGCGACUUACACGGCGACGGACUCGAAUCCCUCCGAGCCUCCGAUCGCUUUCAACGAGGAUGAACGGUGA